AAUAUCUGUUUUAAGGGGGUUGUUGCUGCGCGCCGUUCGACCAAGUCGACGCGAAAGCGCGCUCUGACACUCCACCCGCGGCCCGCGAGCCAAAACUUACGCCAUCACUCCGACGUAGGUACGAUUAAUUUAACCAAGAUAUCCUGACGCGACGUUGAGAAAAACACACGCAAAAACCUGUGGUCGAACGUCGAGUGCUAAUGUCUUUUCUUAUCUGCCAUCUUGGUAGGAUUACUAGGUCAAACUUAAAGUGGGGAUGUUGUGUGGAGAGUUCCACAGGACACCCCUAGGUUUUCACGUCAAUUCGGGCGCGUUCUGUUCGGAUAGCCGUAACCCCUACUGGUCCUUGGUGCUCCUGGCCAGGGGCAUGGCUGCCAUUACCGCGCAGGCUGUACACGAAGACGAAGACAUUUUCUUGGAAAACGGUCUUCUCAGCUAUGAGAACCCGAACUACCGUCUAGGCCCGUCGAACCGUCUCGACGACGCGCUCAACUCCAACACGGAGAACAGCUUGUACGAGGACAUCUACCAGGAACUGGACGACAUCUGCAACAUGGGGCACGGGCUCAAAGGGGGCGCCCCCAUGUCCGGCAACGCCGGACGCAAAGCGUACGCCGCCCUCGAUAUAGGCUCGAUGGGCGUUGACGUCACCACCGGCCCCCUCACGCAGAUCAACUCAUCCAACUUGAUAGACAAUAGAACGGACGUUGAAAAUGAAAGCAAUGGAAAUGAAUUUAAGGAAAAUACCGAUUUGUGGAACAAUUUGUGCGAGCAAAGGGUGAUAACCAAGGAUGAGGAUGGAGUGCCACACAUAGUCGGGCACAUAAACAACGACCUGUACGCCAUACCGAUAAAGAAAAGUCAAAAAUCGCCGGAAAACCUGAAACUUCACUCUCCGGAAAAGGAGUGGAACAGCUGCGAUCUGCCUCCCGGAUGGGAAAAGCACGAAGACAAUGACGGUCCGUACUACUGGCACAUAAAAAGCGGAACAAUACAGAGGGAAGUGCCGGCCUCUGCCGAAGAUAGACCGGAAAAAUCGGACUUGAAGAGCUUUAAGGAGACCGACGUUUUGAUGUCCCCCUUCGAGAACAAUUCUUCGGUAACCAGAAGUAGCACCAGUUCGGCGCUGGAUCUGGAUUCUGAAGACAGGAAGAAGAAGGAAGAUAUCUCGCUGAAAAGGAGGAGUUACCCUUCGAAACCGGAGCAGGAAGUUAAAGAGCGUCCAAUCAGAUUCGCCGUUAGAUCUUUAGGUUGGGUUGAGAUAGCCGAAGAGGAUCUGACGCCGGAAAGAAGUAGUAAAGCGGUAAAUAAGUGCAUUGUGGACCUUUCCCUGGGGAAAAAUGAUCUCUUGGACGUUGUCGGAAGAUGGGGCGAUGGUAAAGAUCUUUUCAUGGACUUGGACGAGGGAGCUUUAAAACUGAACUGUUCGACCCGGAAAAUUUGACAGUCCUCAAUACUCAACCGAUACAUACAAUCAGGGUGUGGGGUGUGGGGCGCGAUAACGGCAGGGAUUUCGCUUACGUGGCUCGCGACCGGUCGACGCGCAAGCACAUGUGCCACGUGUUCAGGUGCGACAUGCCGGCGCGGACGAUCGCGAACACGCUGCGCGACAUCUGCAAGAAGAUAAUGAUCGAGCGCAGCCUGCAGCAGAACCUCGGCAAGUCGGUGGACGUGAACGGAAGGAGCUCGCAGGCCACCAGGCCGAACAACCUGCCCACCGAGCACCGCAGGCCCGCCAGAACCAACCAGAUGUUUGUUUCCCAGUCGUUUCCCACGCCAAUGGAAGAACCAAAAAAGAUACUCAGGUCGCAGUACUUAGGCUGCACCCAGGUAGCGCAAGCCACUGGCAUGGACACGCUGAACGAGGCCAUCGAGAGAUUGGUCAACACUGUGCCCCAGGACCAGUGGCAGCCCGUCAACAUCUCGAUAGCGCCCUCUAUGAUAUCGAUACAUCAUCCCACGGAUGACCGGUUGUUAGCUGAAUGUAGGGUUAGGUACCUCUCGUUUCUAGGCAUAGGUAAAUUAAUCAAGCAUUCGGCGUUCAUAAUGCACACUGCUCAGGACACGUUCAUGGCGCACGUUUUUUAUUGCGAACCUUCGUCGGGAGCGCUGUGCAAAACAAUAGAAGCUGCCUGCAAGCUGAGAUACCAAAAAUGUUUGGACGCUCAUCCGCAAGGCUUGGGCAACAGCAAUUCCAGUUUAAAUACUCCGGGUAGCAGCAUCGGCGCUGCUUUAAAAUCGAUAGUCGGUUCUUUGCGCGGACGGAAAAGCAAAAGUACGGACUCCUGAGACGAGGGGUCGUCUCUACAGGAAUAAUUUCGCCAGGAAUACGGAAUGAUUCCGGUAGAGCGUGAGGUGAUUAGACACAGGCACUUGCAGUCCCCUCUAACACCGAAAACAACCAAUACAACAACAAUUAGCACUAGUCCACGCUCAGCGCCCUCUCUCGAUCUCAGGUGGGACAACUUAACCAACUAAAAAAACAAAUGUACUCCCCCACCCUCACACACAAGUAACUGGAAUUAUUUGAUCUGAUGAAACCCCCAUGUUCUGUAUAGGGGAGAUUUUAUGCCGCAUUUUUUAGGGGUUUUCUCAUUUUCAUGGCUGAUUUGUUAAUACUAUGGAAUAGAUCACUAAAAAUGAUGAAAUAAAACAAACCAGUUAUGAAAAUAAAAUCUUU